AUGCUAUUUGAAAUUGCAUCUGCUUUGGUCCUCGUGAGCCUUUGUAUUGCUGAAGAGGAUGAACUCUGCCCUAAGAAGUUGGAGUUAGAUCUAAACCUAACUGAAGAACAGAGGAGAAUAUUCCUUAAUGGACACAAUGAUCUUCGCAGACGAAUCGCUGAAGGUACACAACCAAACAAAAACGGACUUCCGAAGUUGGGACCCGCAAAGAAUAUGUAUGCCCUCAAAUGGGAUUGCUUCAACGAAGUUCUAGCCCAAGAAUCCAUGGCCGCCUGCUCCCUGGAGAAUCCAGUAGACGUUUCUCGCAACAUGAUGCAGAUGACGAAUAUCCCCGCUCUCAACGAUAGUAUUUACGCGCAUCUCGCGAUAGACCAGUGGAUAUCUCAGGUGAUGUUCUUCGGGAAGAAGGAGCCCACCAACGUUUACGAUGGAACGCUAUGUCAAUUCACUAACAUGGUACAUGCGAAUACUACAUCUGUAGCGUGCGCCCUCAAGAGAUGCAAAGACAAUGUCUUAGUCACCUGCCUCUACGAUAAGUGUGGUACCAAAGAGAAAUUGAUGUGGGAGGUGGGCGAACCCUGUAAGCACGAUAACGACUGCACUACAUUCAAGGACUCCAAAUGCAGUAAUGGUCUUUGCGAACUCAAGUACGACUCCUACAGCUUCGACUACGACGAGUAUGACGAGGAAGACGAGAGCAACUAG